UAGAAACGAGAAAGAGGGCGUCAAGAUAUAAGCGAACUUUAAAAAAAAAAGUUUGGUCCUGUUUCUUCGGGGAAAGUAAACUUUGCGACUCUCUGCAUUGCAAGAAAUUUCGCCUCUUUUUGUAUGCCGUGUAUUUAGUGCAAUUUAAGCGAAGCUCACCAGAUGUUCAAAAUCGAUAUCAUUUUAAAGCAAUUAAAACGCUCGAUUCGCUCGAGGUUGGACUGAGCAGUUAACUGCUUUUGCCAGCAACAAGUUAGAUGGAAAAAUAAUAGGCUGUUUUCUUUGGCAUUUUUGGAAUUUGAUCCAUUAAAUGUUAUUCAGCUGCUGUGAAGAGAUACAUUCUAUAACGAACAUUAUAACAGGUUUUAUUUGUUGACCAUAAUAUUUUCUCUCAAGGACACAAGCGUUGAAACUGUAAUUCGUGGACACGCCUCAUAGAACACAGGCAACAUGUCAGUACUCCUGGCUGGACUUUUCCUCCUCCACGUCACCACUGUCAUCCUUCUCCUCAUUGCCACCAUCGACAAUGCAUGGUAUUUCACAGACACAGUAUCCAGGGAUCUGUGGGCGCAGUGGGAGUUCAACGGUGCAGCCUGGAACUACACUGAAAUUGAAAACGAUAAUUUCCAAGAAUACCUUCACGCAGUGCAGGCCAGUGCGGUGCUGUCCUGUAUAUUCUCCAUCCUGGGGCUCUUUGUGUUUGUGGUUCAGCUCUUCACUCUGGGCAAGGGGCAGAGGUUCACCUUCUCAGGUGUCUUCCAGCUCAUCUCCUGCCUGUGUAUAAUGAUUGCUGCCUCCAUCUAUGCGGACAUCUUUUACGAGAGAGAGAAGACCGGCCGGUUUGGACACUCCUUCGUCCUGGCCUGGAUCUCCUUCGUCUUCUCUUUAAUCUCCAGCCUCAUCUACUUUGUCCUACGCAAGAAGUCCGACUGAGCUGGUGUGACCCAGCCGGUUCAGCCAGCUAAGGCCCAAGAGUUGAGGGGAAAAAAAUAGGUCAAAUUAAUUUUCAUGUAGAAACUGUUAAAAGGCAGGGUGCAUAAGAGAGGUGUUUUGCUUUAUCCUUUUGUUUUUUUUUUUUCCAUAUCUGAAUCAUUCCUCAUUUUUAGAAACAGUCUGUGGAGAUCAAAGCCCUAAAACAGACACAGGAGGAUAUAAUCGAAUGAAAGCAAGAAGGCAGAGACAAAAGAUGGAGACACACUGCCUCAAGAAUACAUACUCCUAACUCACAUUUUUCCAUCCUGCUCACAUUCUCAUUCUUUUUGUUCCCAUCAGGAAACAUUCCUAGAUCUGAGAUAAAAUAUGAGCAUGUGAAAACAGAGACUGAAAGAGCUCGGUUAAGAAAAAAGGAGUGGAAGAUUGUAGAUGAUGGUUAAGGAGAAGAGGUGAAGGGGAAGGGAAUGAGGAGCUGGAUGAAGAUCAGGAUGUUGUACAGUUGUACAGUGGCUGCAGGGCCUUAAAGCUACAUAUAUCUCAUACACUUAAAGCUACAUAAAAACCACACCAGCAGCACAAGUGAUGUGCGGUCAGAAUCUCAGGUUUGCCCACGUUUCUAAACAGAGUGACUGAAAACAUCUGAUUUUUCAUUUCUUUAAUUGACGCGGUCAAGACAGGGCCCAACUGAUACAAAGCGAAUGGAAUUUUGGGGUUGUUUAGGCAUAAAGAUGGUGGGGAGGGAGCAGCCUUAUGUUAGCGGAUCAGGAGAACAGAUACUCUUGGCCUAUGGAAUUUCUCCACAAAUGUAUGAAGUAUUAGAUCUAGUGUUGUCCUUCUGUAUAAAUGGAGAAUAGCUUUUUCCUCCAAAAAUUGAGUUUUCCUUUUAAAUAAUGACAUUUAAAUACCACUAAGCUAUUUUUAUACUGUUGACUCUUCUGUUCUGAGCAGCAUAUGCUGAUUUGAGUUUCUAGAGGAGAACGUUAUGGUUAAUUGAAAAA